AUGACCUUUCCGGCGCCGAUGCUUCCAGCCCGUGUCUCUUCAUGUAGGGCUCCUCUGAGUUUGUCUCGAUCUACCAUACAGAUCUUGUUGCUUUUUUUGGUUUUUGUGGUGCCUGAUAAAGCGGAAAUUGCGACUGGUGCUAAAGGCGUUGAGCAUAGGGUAUCACUACCCACUGCAGGUUCUCAACGGGGGGAUGCUGUGGAUCCAACCGCCACAACGGUUGUUGAACCCGUGCCAUCUUUGGAGGCUGAUGAUUUUUCAACAGCGUCUCUUCCUCCUCUGUCUGGCUUGCCAGAAAUCCCUUCCGAGGAGCCAGAGGGGCAAAAGGCCGAGGACCUCGUAAUUCCGCGCACUCGUGCCGAAGCCGAGGUCGAGGCAGCAAAAUGGGUUUGCGGUGCCAGAACAGAGCUGUAUUUCUUAUUCGCAAAUCCCGUCUCUGGCAGCCGUCUUGGGGCCAAGUUUCUUCAAACGCUGCCAAUGGGAACGGCGACAAGUGGCUGCGUUGAGCUAAAAAUUUUCUCGCAGACGGACUCGCAAUCCGAGCACUUAGGCAUCCAGCACAUUAUACAAGCAGUAGAGACUGUUAAACAGCUACGGUCAGCGGAAACAACCCAGAAUGGCUCGUCGCCUGCUUCCCUUGUACCACUGGAGAAGCGGGUAAGGGUUAUAGCGGUGGGAGGAGACGGCGCCUUCACAUGGAUGAUGAUGGCUAUCUCUAAGGCAGGAACUGACAUGGAAUGGGUGGCUUCUGGCAUUAUUCCCUCGGGAACAGGGAACGACUUGGCCCACACCUAUGGAUGGGUCAAUGCCGGUUUCCCCUCACAUGCUCCUCUCAGUGACAAGAAUAUUCAAAGAUUGCUCUCCACCCUCCGGUCCUCCGAGCUCUUAUUUCAUGACUUUUGGAAAGUUACGGUCGUUACGGAUUCCGAAUCCGGCAGCUUUAACAAGUGGAGCUCCAGAGACCACAGAUCAGUGGUUUUAGGCAGUGACAGACAUGGAGGGCGGACCACGAAACGCUUCAUCAUGAGCAACUACUUUGGGAUCGGGUUCGAAGGUUUGGUGGGCUCGGUUUUUGACCGUAUGCGUGGCAAGUCUCGUUUUUGGAACCGUCUAGUGUAUGGCCUUCUCUUCUUGCGGUUUGCGAGCACGGACCUGGAGGUCUGUUCAGCCAUCGAUACCAUAUACACCCUCAGAGCCAGCGGUCUUCUGGCUGUGCUCUCCAACAACCCGAAGUACAAGAAAGUGCCUCGACUUAUGCCGUGCGUUUCUUUAACGUUUCUCAACACGAGAACCAUUCUUGGAGGCCUCGAACUGUGGAGGCCUACAGUGAAAGUGGGCGUGCUGCCCCCUGCCGACCCCGCAGUUUUGCCACAGUUCGAACAUUUCUAUCACCAGCUGUUGACCGCGGAAUCAAGCACCGGAGACGGCAUGCUCGAGGUGCUUUCUAUGGAGUCUACGGCAGAUUAUUUUAACGCACAAGUUGUCGGCGCAAACGCGGCGCGACGAAUACUGCAAGGCUCUGGCCCAUUUAUGCUAACAUUCAGAGAUAACAUCUCGAUGGCCAUCCAAGUUGACGGCGAGUUUUACCUCUGCGAAAACAUUCGGAGCAUUUCCAUCCAGAAGUUUGGUUCUUACGGGAUCCUCAAGUACGCUGGGCACAAUGAAAGUCAAACGUGA